UUAGAAAGCUCCAGAAAUUAGAAAUUUUCAAAAAAAACCCUCACCCCUCUCUUUCUCUCUCCCCGUUUCAGCAACAGCUCCUCCCUGCCCUUCUCAGUUGAUUUUUCCGACCGCCUCAGCCCAUAGCCGGCCGGCCUGACACUCUCCUCGCUAGCAGCACUCCGGCCAUCACUUUUGUUAUACCGCAGCAACGAGUGAGAGCUGCGUUUUUUUCCCAUUCGAAACAGCCCUCACUCCCCAUUCUUUUGAUUUUACCGGCGAGACCAGCCAAGGACCGGCCGACCUACCUCCCACCUCGUCACUAGCACCUCACCCACCACCGCUACUCCAUCUCCGGCCAAUUUUAGCUCACGCUAUAGCGAGUAAGAGAAAGACAGAGAACGCGGUGCCGAGUUCUGUACCGCCGGCUUUAGGUUAACCUUCUCCGAUGCAUUUUUUGGCCUGUUGCGUUUUAUUACCCUUUUCUUCAAGUAUUUCACUUAUCUAUAGUUUACUUGGGGAAUUGUUGGUAGAAUCAUGAAUGAGAAGAUGCUAGGAUAUUUGCCUUUUGAAUUUUCACACAGAGAAAGAAAUUAUAUUUUCUUACUCAAAAAAAUUAUAUUUUCUUACUCCUUGAAAUUGCUAAUUCUGUCGGUACUUCUAUCAAUUUUUAAUAAUUUAAACUGAAGAAUUUUAAGUAGACAAUUCAUAUGUUAAUCUACUGGGUUGUGCUGAUAUAGGUUAGAUGGUACAUUGACCUACUCCUGCUUCAAUAGAAGUAUAUACUAGCUUACACUUCAUGCUUGAUUCUUGAAGACAAGUAUUGUUUUUAUAAUUUUCAAACUGUUUCAUCACUUAUAUUAUUUUAAUGCUUUCAGUGGCAGUAUGAAAUAGUGCAGAAGACUGGUAGCUUGCUUGUGUUAUUUGGUCAGAAGAUUUAUCUGGUUAACUUUAAUCUUAAGAAGCAAAAAUUGAGUCACCUUUUAGUUAUUUUCUUUCUGCACAAGCCGCAUGUUGCAAAUGUUGGCAAAGUCAUGCAGUCAACUUGCACUCAUAAUGCAUUUAUACAGAACAAACACUUUUAUAGUGCAUGCCACAUUUCUUCAUUACUAAGAGGCCUUUCUUUAAGUCAAAUCCUUAAGUACAUUCCUAGAAAAUGGAAAGGAAGUACCAAAGAGUUAGAUCUUCAAAAUAAUCACUCUAUGCUGGGAAAUGAGUGCACAGCUGGUGAUGAAUAUAUGAUAGAUAGCCUCGUUAAUUCUCUCAAAGAGUUUGCCUGCCAGGGCCAAUUAUUUAAAGCAUUCAAAACCUUCUUUCUGAUCCAACAACAUGCCUCUUGUAUUACUUAUUAUGACACUGUUAUACACUCCAUCUCUUCUCUGCUUUUAUCUUGUGUCAACCUUAAAUUGCUUCCACAGGGAAAACAACUCCAUGCCAUCAUUAUCUCUUUGGGAUUUGAGCAACACCCUGUUUUGGUUCCCAAGCUUGUUACUUUUUACUCAAAUUUCGUUCUUCUCGCUGAUGCUCACACCAUUGCAGAGAACUCACUUAUUUUGCAUCCUUUACCUUGGAAUAUACUCAUCUCUUCCUAUGUUAGGAAUGUAUUAUUUGGAGAGGCUCUUUCUGCUUAUAAACAAAUGUUAAAUAAAGGCAUUAGGCCUGAUAAUUUCACUUAUCCCCCUGUUCUCAAGGCUUGUGCUGAAAAAUCUGAUUUAGCCUUUGGGAGAGAGGUUCACGAGUCCAUUAAUGCUAGCUGUCGUGUAUGGAGCUUGUUUGUGCAUAAUUCUUUGGUUUCAAUGUAUGCGAAAACCGGGGAAUUGGAUACUGCUCGCUUCUUGUUUGACAAAAUGUCAGAAAGAGACUGUGUUUCUUGGAACACGAUGAUCUCUGGUUAUGCCUCCUGGGGCAUGUGGAACCAAGCAUUUGAGCUAUUUGAAAAAAUGCUAAUAGAAGGUAUUGAAGCGAAUAUUAUAAUUUGGAACACUAUAGCUGGAGGGUUCUUGCAUUCUGGCAAUUUUAAAAAGGCACUUGAGUUGCUUUCUCACAUGAGAAAAAGUGGCAUUCAUUUGGAUUCAGUGGCAAUUAUUAUUGGUUUGGGUGCAAGCUCCCAUCUUGGAGCUGCAAAAUUAGGAAAAGAGAUUCAUGGUUCUGCAAUUCGCAGCCUUUGUGAUGGAGCUGAUAAUUGUAAAAAUGCGUUGAUCACUAUGUAUUCUAGGUGCAAUGACCUUAGACGAGCCUACGUUUUGUUUCGGUCAAUAAAAACUAAGAAUAUAAUUACUUGGAACUCCAUGCUUUCUGGUUUCUCCCACAUGGACCGGUCUGAAGAUGCAUCCUUCUUAUUUAGGGAGAUGUUGCUUUCUGGCAUUGAGCCAAAUCAUGUGACAAUAGCAAGCAUUCUCCCUCUCUGUGCUCGAGUGGCAAAUCUACAACAUGGGAGGGAGUUCCAUUGCUACAUUUUGAGGCGUGCAGGAUUCAGGGACUAUAUGUUGCUGUGGAAUGCUCUUGUUGACAUGUAUGCAAGAUCUGGAAAGGUCUUAGAAGCCAAAAGGUUGUUUGAUUCAAUGAGCAAGAGGGAUGAAGUGACAUAUACUUCCUUGAUUGCUGGGUAUGGAAUACAGGGUGAGGGACGAGCAGCGCUAAAGCUUUUUGAUGAAAUGAAUAGGUAUGGUAUUAAACCAGACCAUGUUACCAUGGUGGCAAUUCUUUCAGCUUGUAGCCAUUCGGGUCUAGUAGCUGAAGGAAAAUUAUUGUUUGAAAAAAUGUCUAUUCUAUAUGGCAUAAGUCCACGUUUGGAGCACUAUGCCUGCAUGGUUGACCUCUAUGGGAGGGCUGGAUUGUUACGUAAAGCAAAGGAGAUGAUCACUGGGAUGCCUUACAGGCCAAGCUCUGCUAUGUGGGCCACACUCUUAGGAUCCUGCCAUAUCCAUGGAAAUACAGAGAUAGGUGAAUGGGCUGCUGAGAAAUUGUUGGAAAUGAGGCCUGAAAAUUCAGGUUACUAUGUGUUAAUUGCUAAUAUGUAUGCUGCUGCUGGUUGCUGGAGCAAGCUAGCAAAAGUGAGGACUUAUAUGAGGGACUUGGGUGUGAGAAAGGCUCCUGGAUGUACCUGGGUUGACAUCGGUUCUGAGUUUUCCCCAUUUCUGGUGGGAGACACCUCAAAACCUUAUGGAAAUGAGCUUUAUUUAUUAUUGGAGGGGAUGAAUGGAGUCAUAAAGGAUUCUGUUCAUGCUGCCAGAGAAAAUUUUGGUUUGGAUGAUGAUCUAUUGGAAGGAAUAGGAUGAUGCCCACUGAUGCAUUUGCUCAUCUGUACUUGCCUAAUUGGAGGGAAUGGCAUGCUUCUUUUUUUGAGAAGGGGGAUAGAUUUGCUUGGAUGCUGUUGACGCGUGUUUUUUAUGUCCCGCCUGAUCCGAUGAGGACACGAGGAUUGCAAAAUGAAUGGGUCAAUGCUAUCUAGAAGUCUUUUAAUCUAAGGAUUUAAAUAAAAAAAAAGGGGAAAUCAAAAGAAAAUAAAAUAAAAAUAAAAUGAAUAAAAUAAAAUUAAAAAAAAAAAAAAAGAGAACUGCGUGCUACAGUAGCUGUGCUACAAUGUCGUGCUACAGUGUCCAUGCUACAGUAGCUGCGUUUCCUAACCUAGCUUUAUAAAUAUAUUUCUUUUUCACAA